AUGCAACAAUCUGAAAUGACAGACCAGCCAGACCGAGUUGUCGCCCUUCAGAAAAGGAAGACAAUUCACAGGAAAAUGAUGAAGGUUGAUGAAAAUUUCCCAUGGGCUGCCCAGGGAGAAUCAGAUGGCAAACGCCAUGUUGGACAAUCAAAAAAAUUGUUCCAGGACUCGGAAAGUGAGCCACAGUUGGCUGUCUUCACUGCGACAGCUUUGUCUUCAUUGUUUUGGAGGAGGUCUCUGAGCUGUCUGAGUGGUGGGUUUAUCAAUGUGUUGUUCGGUGGUAUGGCCGAGCACAUUGCAUUUGCCACAUUGUGGACAGUUCUGAGAGUGAAUCAUUCUGGAUGCUUGAUACUGGGAGUCGAGUUGACUCCCAUUCCAGUAUUGGGAUCCACUGCUGGUAUGAGAGCUGAAGCUUCUGGUGAGAGGCGGGAUUGGACAAUGUGUAAUGCAAUAGCAUCAUGGCAUCUCCAAGUCUUGAUUGGGAGGGUCACAGAGAUGGGGCUUUAUGCCACAAGUACCCACCAAGGUUAUGAUGCUCUUGUACCAAAUCCUCCAUGCAGCUCACCCAGUAAAAAAGGAUGGUUAUUAUUGUGCGAAACAGGAGCUGGGGCAGAAGCAAAUCACUGGGCAGAGGAGCCAUCAUGGAGUUCAAGGCAGAGGCAAACAUAUUGGGGGGCAGAGGAGCUGAACCUUGGUAGUGCUAGUGUACAUUAUCUGGAGUGCCUUGAUACUGGUUAUGAAAGUUCGGUUGCAGAAAUGGAGGAUGUGGAGGUGUGGUCAGGUGAAAUGGAGUAUAGCCAAAAACAUAAGCUGGAGAGAAGAACAUGGAGAAAAAAAAACUGGAUAUAUGUGUCAAAGAAUGCAGAGAGAGGCGGUAAAACUGGGUUAUGGGAAGAAUGCGUCUGA